AUGGAGCAAAUCAAUAAUCACACUACUUCUAUUAAUAACACUCCUAAUCCUAACACUGUCAAUCUACUUUACGGUCUCACUGACAAACGCCACUCUAAAACACAAACCAUUUAUAUUCCCACAACCAUUCCCCUCCCCGAUCCUCUCAACAUAUCUUCUUUUGAGAUCGCCAUUGCGCGUCACAUCACCGCUCACCCCACCACCAAUGGGCAUGACAUACUCCUUCGCCCACCUUAUUGCGUGGUCUGGUCUGCCCAGAAAGACCUAAAACUCACCCUGCUCUUGGACCGUAAAUCCAAGCUACUGAGCGCAGAACUCAGGAUGGACAACCUCCGCACUCUUUUUGACAUGGUGAGGUUACGGGGCGGCAAAGACGUCAUUUGUGUCGAAGGGAGUAUCCACGAACGAAAAGACUUCUCCGAAGAGGAAGGUGUGGGGGAGGAAGGGGGGAGUGAAGGGCAGAGUAGCACGCUUCCACACCAGCAGUCACCACCACUUCACAGCGCCAAAAUGGCGAGACCGCGCCCACCUCCGACGCCAUUGGGCGACCAUCAUGCCCAAAUCUUUCACACUUCACUCGCAAAUCUACGACACCACGCUCUUGUGGACAGCCUUCAGGAGCAAGACAUAACGGCGCCACACCCCAAGGAACGCAAACGAAAACGCGAGAAUGAGAGCACAAGCAUGGCACCUGUCCUCCAUGCACAUAUUAGCAGCUGCAACGCUGGCGCUCGUUCUCCCUCUCCUCUCGGGUCCGCUUCAGAACAAACUGUGACACAACCCAACACAAAGCGCCAGCGACAACAAUCCCAUCCUCAGCCCGCACCGGCAACCUCACCAGAACAAACUAUGCCUCUCCGUCCAGUUAAAGCGCGGCUGCACACCCUCCGCGAACUCCACGCACGGCGCCUCGUCGAGCUCGGCGGGCCUGAUCUCACCUCCGUUCAGACACUGGACGACCAGCACCCGCGGUCCAGGACCUCAAACAGCCCGUCACAAGCUCGCCCACCGUCCAACCCCACCACACCACUUACCUCAGUCUCAAGUUCAAAGAACGGCGCUCUGCUGAGACGAUGGACCACAUCUGCGCCGCUGUACGCGCCUAGAGAGAAGAGUGCGAGUGUGGACCUAGCGUACGACGCAGUGGCUUCAGCAGCUGCACACCCAUCCCCAUCUCCCGCGCCUCCGUCCGCAUCUGCACUGCCAGCACAGAAGCGCGCUCCCGAGCGUACAGGUCACUGGAUCGGAGGCUUCCCAAUGGGCGAAAGCUCCGACUCAGACUCAAACCCAGACCCGGACACAUUUCCCAGUGCAAGCGCGCAACAGACGCGGCGAACCGCUGCCUUUACUCCAGCCGCGCCUGCCAGCACUGUCAAAGAAGCUGCUAAGGGUGCGGUGGCGCCGCUGGUUAUACUGGAGGACGAGAUGGAUGAGGCAGACGAGGGAAAUACCUGGGACGGAUUUAUUGCGGAACUGAAGAGAGCUGGGGGAUGGGAAGACGAUGAGGACGAUGAUGGGGAGGAGAUGUGUGUGCGAUAGCAGGACGCCGGCCCGCUCGCGCAACCAAGUGAGUGAGUGGCGGGGCGGGCGUGUGCGUGAAAGGAAUGAAGGAGACGGGAGUAACUUUACGAAUGGGCAUGGGGUGGAAAAUGGUGGAGAGGGAUGGAUGAAUGACGAUCUAAACGACAGCUAGAGAUCUCUUUCUUUUCUUUGUCGGUUGGACAUACCAAUGCCAUAGCACAUCAAAUCAAACCACACCAAGCAAAUCAAACCCCACCACCCGCGCUUGCCCACACACGCAGAUACAAACCGACUAACAGAGAGAAAGAAAGA